UUGAAGAUCGAGGACGACAAUUUUGUUUGUUUGUUUUGCUUCUACUCCUGCAGCUAUUUCACAUCUCUUCUCCAUUCUCAUCGCCUUCCUCCGUCGGCCGGCGGUCGCUGCUCUGCCCUCCACCGUGUAAUCCUCCUCCUCUUCCCCCCUCGCUCAUGCUCAUGGCAGCCGACGUCUCCAUCCCCACGCGGCCUCUCUGCUCUCAGUCUCAGGUCUCCUCCUCCUACCACCCGCUCAUUCUUCUUCCCUUCCCCCUUUUCCACUUUCCUGGUUGGAAAUCCAUCAAAGGUUCACCCUUUUUCCCCUCAUGAUGCAUUUCUCCCGCCAACGUUACUAUUAGUUAGAUUCUUCCUUCCCCCUUGCUUGAUCUGAUCUGAUAUUCUGAUUUGGAUACGGAAGGGGUUAGGGCUUAUCUUUCGGACCUUGUUUCUUUCUAGGGGGUUUCUUGCGUGAUUUCGACCUCAAGAUGUCGUCUUUCCUCCAAACCACCAUCCAUUUUAGUGUUCCGGUGGUGAUCCAGUUCAACUUAUUUUCGGAGAGUGCUCGGGCAAAAUUUGGGAGAAGGGAUAGAUUAGGUUUUUGUCUGCGGUUUGGAGAGUUCUCUUCAUGAUGUGGCAAUCUAAAAAUAAAAGGAACCGAUGUUUUCCAUACAGCUGCAAAAAUUGUUUGCGUCAGUCCAUAACGUACUGCUCCUGAUGUUUAUUUCGUAGGCUCAAUUUUGGAUUGCUAUUGCAGGCCUUAUAGCUGAUCGGUCGAUUGGUGUUCAAGUGAAGCCGUUUUAAGUUUUAAAGUGGCGGGUCUGAAUUCACUCUUCUCUUCUACAGUAUUGCCAAAGGAUAAUUGCUCUAGUAAAAUGAACUGUACAAAAGGAGGGAGAGUUCCCCUUUUGUUUCCCGCACUCAUUUGUCUCAUGGCCCAGCUGGGGGCUUGCAAUGUGGUGCUGAUGGCGAAUAACAUGACCUUGUCAUUUGAUGACGUCGAGGCAACUUUUGCUCCAGCAGUGAAAGAUUCAGGUGUAAAAGGUGCAAUCUACACUGUGGAACCUCUGGAUGCAUGUAGUCCAUUGAGAAAGAAAGCAGUCGAUGGUCCUGCUUCACCAUUUGCACUGGUAAUAAGAGGUGGCUGCCAAUUUGACGAUAAAGUUAGAAAUGCACAGAAUGCCGGAUUCAAGGCCGUGAUAGUAUAUGAUAAUGAAGACAGCGGCGCUCUCGUUUCAAUGGCUGGGAGCUCUUCUGGGAUCCAGAUAUAUGCGGUAUUCCUCUCUAAGGCUUCAGGAGAGGUGUUAAAGAAAUAUUCAGAUAAGACUGAUGUAGAGGUGUGGAUACUACCAGUAUAUGAAAGCUCAGCUUGGUCUAUCAUGGCAAUUUCUUUCACAUCGCUGCUUGCUAUGGCUGCUGUUCUAGCGACUUAUUUCUUUGUGAGAAGACACCAGAUAAGGCGGGACAGGAGAAGGAUUCCUGUAACUCAGGAAUUUCAUGGAAUGAGCAGUCAAUUAGUUAAAGCAAUGCCGAGUCUUAUCUUUACAAAAGUGCAAGAAGACAACAGUACAUCAUCAUCUUGUGCCAUUUGCUUGGAAGACUACAGUUUCGGAGAAAAACUAAGAGUGUUGCCUUGUCAUCACAAGUUCCAUGCGACUUGUGUGGACAUGUGGCUGACCUCUUGGAAAACAUUCUGCCCUGUGUGCAAGAGAGAUGCAAGUGCUGGAACCUCAAAGCCCCCUGCAUCAGAGUUUACCCCUUUGCUUUCCUCUAUUAUUCACCUUCCCGCUGAAUCAACAGCUUUGUCUUCUUUCCGGUCAGCAGUGGCAGCAUCUCCCCCUAGGCCAAUAAGACAUCAUCCUUCAUCACAGUUCACAUCCCGCGCUUACUCCAUUUCCAGUGCCCCCCGUACUUAUAAUCCCCAAAGAUAUUAUACUAACCCACCUCUUAUUAGUACAAGUAGAAGCAAUGUAGACCUUGCAAAUAUUUCUCACACUCCGCACCAAGCAUCCAUGCAUUCUCUGAGAGGUGGUCAUUUGUCUCUACCGAUCAACAUCGGGUAUAGAAUGCCACAUGUCUCUCGUUCUGAAUACGGAUCUGCCAGCCUGGGUACUUCCCAUUCUCACCAUGAGUCUCCGAGUUAUUAUCGUAGCUCUUUGGGCCAGCAACACCCUUACCCGAUGCACCGCAGAGAGUCAGGGCCAAGCCUGUUUACUAUGGUGCCCCAGUCACCACAAUAG